UCAUAGGUAGAGCCAACUGAUCGAACUCGAGUCCUUAGGAAUUGAUCACAGACAACUCCUCCUCGACUUCCUUCUGUGUUCUUCUUCCUUGUUGGAUGACACCUCUCUCUCCGGAAUGGGUCACAUGUGGGUGGGGCUCCUCAUCAUGAUGCCAUGGUUGAGGAAGAUGCCAGUUGCAGGAAAAGCGGCACCUUCCCACAUGCAGCUGGCCAAGAGCAAGCUGCUGCCCUUCGUGUCCCACCGGACUUAUCCUCCUCACAUCUCAAUGAUUCAGCAAAGCAAUCAUUCAGCCGCUUUAUACUGCGCGCCGCCUGGCAUCUCACUUACAUCUACCAUAUCGGACAUGGAUUUGCUUGAUAUAUUUCUUCAUCAUUGAAUCCAGAAGCUGGCACUAAGAAAUAUAAAGCAUGGUUCAUUGAUCAGGUGUUUGUGGUCUUCCUCCCGCGAGCAGAGUGUUGGAGAUCCUGCAAAGAAGGAUGUAGAGUAUAGCUCAAUUUGAUUCUGCUUUGACCCUUACUGCAAACCACGUUAGUGCGACAAUGGACCUCACUUCGUAGCUUCUCCUGCAGCAGUUGAGAGAGAGAGAGAGAGAGAGAGAGAGAGAGAGAGAGAGAGAGAGAGAGAGAGAGAGAGAAGACACGAAGCUUAUUAUAAGAGGCAGUAAGCCGUAGCACAAUUUUGCUCACCAACUCCAGCGCUAAGAAUGUGGCUCUCAAUCUUCUUCUUCUUCCUUCUCCUUUUCCCUUGCUUCCACCUCUCCGGCUCUCAGAGCUACAACGCAAUAUUUAGCUUCGGUGACUCGCUCUCCGACACCGGCAACGUCGUCGUCGCCGGGCUGCCUUACGGCAUGAGCUUCUUCGGCCGGCCCACCGGCCGUUGCUCCAACGGACGCCUAGUCAUAGAUUUCAUCGCCGAGGCACUUGGGCUGCCGCUGCUUCCACCAUCCACCGCGAAGGGCAAAAGCUUCCUUAAAGGCGCCAACUUUGCUUACACUGCCGCCACCACACUCGGCUUCCGCUUCUUCCACCGGCUAGGACUCAGCAGCGGUCUAUGGGUCAACGCCUCCCUGAGCACCCAAAUAAGGUCGUUCGAGAAGAUGAUGCCUUCUCUCUGCAACUCUUCUCAAGAAUGCAAGGAGUACUUGAGCAAAUCCCUCUUCGUGGUCGGAGAGUUUGGUGGGAACGACUAUAACACUCCCAUCUUUGCCGGCAGGAGCUUGAAACAAGUGUAUACUUUCGUGCCCAAAGUCAUCCACGCAAUCCAUUCCGGUGUUGAGAGGUUGAUCGGCCAUGGGGCGACUGAGAUCGUGGUGCCGGGAAUGCUACCGAUCGGGUGCUUCCCCAUGUUCUUAACCUUGUACAGUACAUCGAACACAAACGAUUACACCGACAUCGGAUGCUUGAACAAGUUCAAUGACUUGACAUCCUACCACAACUCUUUGCUGCGCCGGCGACUGCGCGGGCUGCAGCGGAGGUACUCAUGGACGAGGAUCAGAUACGCCGACUUCUUCGACCCCACGAUUCAGUUCAUUACCAGUCCGACACAGUACGGAUUCAGUGAUGGCGGAGCUCUAAAGGCGUGCUGCGGGGCAGGUGGGAGAGGAGACUAUAAUGUGAAUCUGGAGGCCAAGUGUGCCGAGCCAGGCUCGGAUGUGUGCUCAGAUCCAUCGAUGUAUGUGAGCUGGGAUGGGAUUCACUUGACUGAAGCGGCUUAUCGCCUCAUAGCCAAUGGUUGGCUCAAAGGUCCCUAUGCAAAUCCACCAAUCCUGCAACAAAACUAGAUCUACUGUGGUGCAUGUUAUUGGCCACAGUUCCACCACCAAAUCCAAGUCAAUAGCUUAGCUUUUGGAUCCAUGUGUUCUUUCGAUGUCUGUGUAUCAUCCAUUCAAUGGUUACUAAUAAGUGUGUUCUUUUGCAUUCUUAUA